AUGGACGGAGCGCAGGGACCUGGAAAGCCCGGGGGAGCAGGAGAGGCGAGCAGCCAGUCAGACGCGGACGCGUGGCGGGAGCUGCUGCGGGGCGGGGAGGACGUGGCGCAAGUCAUGUCUGACAUGGCCAACAUCCUGGACGAGAUAUCAGGCCUGGAAGGGCGGGAGGAAGAGCUGGCAGUGCAGAUGGCAGCAGCGGCGGCCAUAGCUGGGCGGGUCAGCACUCUCGACCAGUCGUUCCUGGUGCAGGCUUGCCCAGCGUUUGACAGCAGCAUCGUGUCCCUUUCUCCCGCCUUGUGCCACUCCCUUUCUGCUGGACGAGAUAUCAGGCCUGGAGGGGCGGGAGGAAGAGCUAGCAGUGCAGAUGGCGGCAUGAAUCGUCUGGACAAAAUAUCGGGGCUGGAGGGGCGGGAGGAGGAGCUGGCGGUGCAGAUGGCAGCAGCGGCUGCCAUAGCGGGGCGGGUUACCACCCAGGAGCGACCAGUCGGUCCUGGCCUGGAGGGGCGGGAGGAGGAGCUGGCAGUGCAGAUGGCAGCAGCGGCUGCCAUAGCGGGGCGAGUCAGCACUCUGGACCAGUCGUUCCUGGUGGCCCUUGAGUUCAUGAUGGGGCAGGCUGAUGCCAACAACGACUCUAAGGUGCACGAGAAGAUUAGGGCCGCUGGCUGCAGAACCAAUGGGUCGCUGGUUGCUGGAGGUGGUGAAAGAGCAACUCUUAUCACAGCUGCAACAGAAAAUGCCUCCCCAGGUAAAACUAGAGGGGCUGUGCUCCAGGUGCCAUUCCCUCCCCCCCCCCAAGGUAUGGUGCAGGUGGUGUCCCUCCUCGUUGCCACGUCAGACAAGAAUCGCCGCCGAGACAUCAUCACACGCGCGCUGGCAGGGGGCGGCAAGCUUCCUGCGGAGGCGAGUCCGGGCGGCAACAUGGGCGGCAUUGGUGGGAUGGAGCCACCAGAGGUGCAUGUACCUGGAGCCAGGCUAGAGGAAAUCAUUUCCCAGGCGGACGACCUCGUUGCUGUGAGUGUCAUGGGUACGGUCUGGGGAAAGGGUGACAGCAAGGGCAUGGAACCACCGGAGGUGCAUGUGCCGGGAGGCAGGCUGGAGGAGAUUAUUGCCCAGGCGGACGACCUCGUUGCUGUGAGUGCCAUGGUCGGGCAGCAAAAGCAUGAGCAAGAAAUGCAUGGGAAAUUCCAGCAUGGGCGGGGUGGAAUUAGGAGGAGCAUGUGCCUGGAGCCAGGCUGGAGGAGAUGGUUAAAGGAGGCGGAGUUGCUUAUGGGGAAAGCGUUCAAUGGAGGAGCAACUCCCCAUUCAGGACUGCCAGCUGCUGGCUCGGCCGCUGCUGGCAAGGGAGGAGGCACAGUCGCUCAUGGUGGGGGGCAUUCAGUUCAGUACCUUCCCCUCCCCUCCAUCCAUCAUACCCUCUCAUCCAUCCAUCAUACCCUCCCCUCCAUCCAUCAUACCCUCUCAUCCAUCCAUCAUACCCUCUCAUCCAUCCAUCAUACUCUCUCAUCCAUCCAUCAUGCUCUCCCCUCAACCCCCCACCCACCCCAGUCAAUGGAGGAGCAACUGCCCAUUCAGGACCGCCGGCUGCUGGCUCGGCUGCUGCUGGCAAGAGAGGAGGCGCGGUCGCUCAUGUCGGGGGGCAUUCAGGACCCUCGUAACGACGUGCGCCGCCUCAAAAACGUUCCCGAGGCUGAGGUGCGGCUCAUAUCAACGCUGGUGGCCAUGAAAUCGCCAGACAUGCUACGGAAGCGGAUACUAGAUGUCAUGGAGGGGCGGGAGGAGGGCGAGUACAAGAAGGGCAGUGACGGGCCCAUCAAGGCAGUGAUUCUGGGCGAGGUUCGCCGCCUGAUCGAAAAAAACCGUUACCAACAGCACUUACAGCAGCAGCUUAUUACGAUGGGGAGCGAGGCCGGUUUGAAGACGUUCUCAGCGGAGGAGCUCGACGAGGCCACGAAUAACUACUCGCGGGAAAACUCGCUCGGUCGUGGUGGUUUCGGCACGGGCUACCGCGGAAAGCUCGCGGACGGUUCCGCCGUGCUUGUAAUGAAGCUGAACCCCGACAACACCCGCCAGGCCGCGGAGAAAUUCACCCGCGAAGUGACCAUACUCACGCGCGCAGACCACCCGCAUCUGGUCAAGCUCCUUGGGUACAAUCCCGAGGCACGCUGUAUCGUGUACGAGUCUCUUCCCGGGGGGACCCUGGAGGACCGUCUGCUGACGGAGGGGGGACGGAAAACGAUGAAGCAGAAGCACCGGCUGCGGAUCGCGGCGGAGGCGUCAGAGGCGUUGCUGUUCCUCCACCAUCUCGACCCGCCGAUUCUCCACCAGGACGUGAAACCCGGCAACGUCAUGCUGAACGAGGAUCUCUCCUGUAAGGUCGGGGGAGUCGGUUUGGCGAAGUUUCUCCCCGCGAACGACUCGUCGAUUUGGGGGACGGUGGGCUACAUCGACCCGUUGCUGCUCCGCACCGGGAAAUACGGCCCGCAGUCGGAUCUGUACGGUCUCGGGCUGGUGGUUCUGCAGCUGCUGACCGGCGAGAAAGUGAAUAAGGUGCUCGAGUUCGCGAAAUUCGGGCUGGAGGGGAUUUUGGAUCAUUUGGAUAAGACGGUUGACUGGAACCCGGAGAUUGCGAAGGAGGUUGCUGAGGUGGCGCUCAAGUGCAGGGACAGGACGAACCGGCCGGAUCUGGAGACGGUUGUGCUGCCUAUGCUGAAGAAAUUCGCGGAGCAGACGAAGGGGGAGAAGGACGCGGAUGUUGCUCCGCCUGCCGCUGCUGCUGGUAGAGCUAAGGGUGGUGGUGGUGGUGGUGGGGCGAGUAAGGGGCAUGAGAAGAAGGGAGCGGCGGCUGCUGCUGCUGCUGCUGCGCCGCAGAAGAAGUCGUUGUUUGGGUACUUCUUUGGCAAGCGGUGA